GCGAAGGGCAUCGAAAUGACCACGGUUUGUGACGGUAACGCUGAGCCAGCUCACGGCCAGGGGAUAUCGUCGGAUUUUUAAUGUUGAUGACUCGCACCGUGUUCGGACAACGACGAGCUCUUCGGUCUGCCUUCUAACUCAAUAAAUAUCCACGGUGACGUUGUCUUAUAAAGAUGCCGUCAACUCUCGGAAGCGCGAAAUAACUCAGCGUUAAUCAGAGAAACUGUUGGAGCCGUUUCGCACCCAAAACAGCUCCAGUUGUUUCCCAUCAAUGCAUCAGAGUGCUGAGCACUCAAAAUGGUAUCGGAGGCUGCAGUCUCCACACCUGCUCCCAUAACCAACCCUGCCCAGAGGGACUACUACUGGCUUCGCUCUUUUGUAGCUGGAGGUGUGGCAGGAUGCUGUGCCAAAUCCACAAUUGCUCCUCUGGACAGAGUCAAAAUCCUGCUUCAGGCCCAGAACCCUCACUACAAACACCUAGGGGUGUUUGCCACCCUCCAAGCCGUGCCAAAAAAAGAGGGAUUCCUUGGUUUGUACAAAGGCAAUGGUGCCAUGAUGGUUAGAAUAUUUCCCUAUGGAGCUAUCCAGUUCAUGGCCUUUGAUAAUUACAAAAAGCUCUUGAAUAAACAGCUUGGGAUUUCUGGACACAUCCACCGCCUCAUGGCAGGAUCUAUGGCAGGCAUGACUGCAGUGAUAUGCACCUACCCCUUGGAUGUGAUUCGAGCCAGGCUGGCCUUCCAAGUGACAGGAGAACACCGCUACACUGGCAUUGGCAACGCUUUCCACACCAUCUACCUUAAGGAGGGGGGUAUCUCUGGGUUUUACAGGGGACUGACCCCAACGAUUAUUGGCAUGGCCCCCUAUGCAGGUUUCUCAUUCUUCACCUUUGGUACCCUGAAGAGCCUUGGGUUGAAACACUUUCCAGAGCUGAUGGGCCGUCCAUCCUCAGACAAUCCGGAAGUCCUGGUUCUUAAAACCCAUAUCAAUCUGCUCUGUGGAGGGGUUGCAGGGGCUAUUGCUCAGACAAUAUCUUACCCUUUGGAUGUGGCCAGGCGAAGAAUGCAGUUAGGUGUUGUGCUUCCUGACUCAGAGAAAUGUCUAACACUGACCAAGACGCUGAAGUAUGUGUACAACCAGUACGGGGUCAAGAAAGGACUUUACCGAGGCUUGUCUCUCAACUACAUCCGCUGUAUUCCCUCUCAGGCCAUGGCCUUUACCACCUAUGAAUUCAUGAAGCAGGUCCUCCACCUCAACUAGAGUUUCUAUGUCUGCCUUCCAUGUCUGUACAGCCUGUUUGUAAUGAAUUUGCCUGGUUCAACACUCUCCAAGUCAUAAAACCAGACCCAAUCGAAUGCAUCCUUCUCCAGCGAGAGAUUUGAGGCUCACUAAGUUUUAGUUCCUAAUAUACUUUAACAUAUCCUGUUUUGGUGUGUUAAUUACACACUCACUAAACCAAAAAGGUUUAACUUCUUGCUGAAGCCAGUGAACUUGGUGUUUGGUACCAGUGUAAGCCGGCUGCACAUCAGCCAGUCAAGCUAAGCUGGGUCCACAUCAUUUUUGCCCCAGCAAGCAGUGGACAGUAAGACACAGCCUGUGGCUUGGCUUAGUUUAAAUCUCUGUCCUAAUCCAUACCCUCAUAAUUCCUGCUUUUGUGACUCGCCACCUCAGCUGCCCAACAUGUGGCUUGGCUAUGGGUAACUCCUUGACAACUGUCCCCAUGGAUACAGCAGGCAGUGGCGCCCUUGGCUUGGUUGCUUGGCUUUGGGCAAUGAUAUGCUUCCUAGCAAUGUUGUUGGCAACAUCAUAGCAACCUUUUUUCUUUUUUAAUUCGUUAUCCCUUCGUGACACUUAAAACACACAAAACACCAUGCUCUCAACAGUUACUUCUGUCUCUAUCCACCCGUCUCAUGAUUCUAAACAGGAGAAUUAAAGGACAAUUAAACACAGUUCAGUUUUUAAAUGACUUGGAAACUCAAUUUACCAUCUCGUUGAACAGUAUUUUUGGAGCAUUAUGAAUUCAGUAUGAAUUUAAUGAAUACCAGUCCACACAUUUUCAUGUGUCACUCACUAUAUUUUGUUUUUCUUUUUGCUGAUUUAUUAAUGACCAGUUUGGUAGACAGUGCCUCACAGCCUCUUAUAACCUUGUUCAGAGGUUGCUGGAGUUUCAUAAAAAUGCAGAGAUUUGCAGUCUUUUCAGGGUUUAGUUUGUCCUUAACUUCUAUGAUGCAGAUUGAUUUGGACCAUAAGAAAGCCUUUUCACUGCCCUUACCUUACAUUCUUGUCUUGGAGAAGCUUAGUGGUACCUACACUUUGCUUUAGUUUUUUUUUCUUAUUGACUGAGCAGUCUGAGUGACGCUUACUCUCAGCUUAAUGCUAUCUUUCAUUUCAUUACCAAAUCUUGAAGUGGGAAAUUAAUCUACAAGAUUUUGAAUACUGACACAUCAGGGGUUUUGACAUUUCAUGAUGAACUGUCAAAAUCCCCAAUGCUUCUGUACCAGGAACUGAAUAUCAGUAUCAGCUGGACUGAGAUGAAAUUUAGUAUUAAGGAGAAGCACUAUAGGAUGAGUUGCAGAAGUGAGGCACAUUGUAAUGUCAAAUUAAGGGAAUAGACUGCUUUUGCUGCUGAUAGUUUUCAGUUGAUUUGUUGUCAGAUAUUGUUAAGAGUCUGUAGCUUUUUUGUUAAUGUAUUUCUAUGCUGUUCUAUGAUCAGGGAGUAAUAUUUCUAGGGAUUUUAAUGUUGACAUUUUUUAUUCGAAAUGAGUUCAGGAACAUGCACUUACCUAUCUAUAUCUACUUUGCAUUCCUGUAUUUAUUGACUUCGCCACAUGUUGCCACUGGGUGGCAGUAUUGAUCAUACAGUAUUGUUUACCUUCAGACUCAACUAGACAGCUGUAUACGACCCAAUUAAUCACCAACACACCAUCCAUCUAUCCAUCCAAACCACUUAUGCUGCUGUCAGGGUCGCGGGGAUGCUGGAGCCUAUCCCAGCAGUCAUUAGGCGGCAGGCAGGGAGACACCGUGGACAAGCCGCCAGUCCAUCACAGGGCCCACGCACACACAUUCACACCAAGGGACAAUUUAAGUAUGUCCGAUUCACCUGACCUACCACACACACAUAUGAAAUUAUUAUAUUAUCAAAUCAAUCAAAUUAUAAAGUCCACUUUUUAAAUUAGUGUUAACGUACUCACAUGAAAUAACGCCCACUACAUACAAGUGGUCUUUUAUCCUCUAUUAUACGACCAAAGGAAGUUGUCAGAUGGACCGUGUAAUAUAUGAACUGUGUUUAACCUUUAUUCGUCCAAGAAAGUGGUUUGUUGAACUCCCGUGGUUUUCUGCAACAUCCCACUUCACAGCUGUGCAGUUUCACAUAUUAAUGUCUAAUAUUUGCCCAUUACAGAUGUGAGAAGCCUCACAGGAGCAAUUUGGGGGUUAAGUGCCUUGCUCAACACCUAGACCAUAGUUUCUGAGAGAAGGCGAAAGUGAAAGAGUCACUUUCCCUGGGCAGAUUUUCCCAGUCAGUCCAAAGACACCGGUCUCAAGCCCACUGUAACUUCACGACUACAAAUGACACCUGAAGGCUCGGUCUUUUAUCCAGAAUUUUAUUUUACUCUGAAUCUACUCAGUACAUAUACCCAAUUUACAUGUGUUUUUAUGUAUGGAGAAGAAAUUGUAGGCAGUGGCAGAUGUGUCAGAAAUAUAUUUCUUAUGGUGAAUCAUACACAAACUACUGAAUGUAUUGAAAGCCAUAUUGUGUAAAAGAGAAAAUAUGUAAAAAGUUUGUCCAGGACUCACCAGCUCUAAUCAUGGAUAAUCUCUCCAACCCCGCUCAUCAACCAGUGUAGGAAAAUCCAUGCAAAGAGCACAGUCAACAAAAUAUGCAGUAAUGUGAUAUGUCAGCUGUCUUUUAUGUAAUUAAAAGAAUUUCGAUUAUUGAAAAGUACAAAGUAUCUCAGACUUGUAUACACUGCAAAAAAACCCCAAAACAAACAAACAAGUGAUUUAAUCCUGCAGAAUCUCUAAAAUGCUACAAGUAUCAGUCUUAAAAUCUAGUUUUUCUCCGUAUUCACAAAACAGUCUGCCAGUGAGUUGAGAUAAUGUCUCUUGUUUACAGUGCAAAUCAACUUGUUUCAAUCAUUUCCCUGAUUAAGUCCUACUUGCUACUUUCUUGAUGGUGGUGGCGUGAUCUGCCUUAUUUGGCCUUGGGAUGUACUUCUAGGAAAUUCGUAAAUCAAGUGAAACUGCAUGGGAAAUGUGAAUUUUUCUCACUACAUCCAUUGUUUGUUUUGUUUUUUUCCCCACAAAUAUAAUUUUAGGACUCACCUUUAGAUUAAAUGACUAGUGGAAACAGACAUUUUUUGCAGUGUAAUGUUCUGGACCUUAAAAAAUGUCACUUUCCAGUUUUCUGUAGUGUUUUUCAUGUUUGUAUUUCUCAAAUAUAGAAUAUAUUACUAUUGAAACGCCCUGUCCUCUCAAAAUGGCCCUUUACAGUAUGUAAGGCCAUACAACUGAAAAAUGCGAGUUAUUUCUAUUAUUCUGCUUAACAUUAACGGGUUA